UCUAAAAACGUCUCUCACCGACUGGCUGGCAACGGUUAUUUUAAAUUGCUUACGGACCACAGUAAAACGUGUUGUUCGGUGCAAACCCCGCGUGAAAUUUUACUCGGCCUGUCAUGCCGUGGUAUCAAGAAGAAGACGAAGAGGAUGACCUGAGGUUUUCCCCCGCUUUGCUGGCCAGACGGGCAUCCGAGAGCUGGAUAGACACGCCGCCUGUGGAGAACAUAGUCACCCAGACCUCGUUGCAAAGGAAAAAGUCACUGCCCGACGUCCAGGACUUGCCGAGGAGCACUGGCGCCAUGUCGAGAGAGGAGGUGUCCUAUUUGGGAUCUGCCCGCCGGGAAGAAAUGCGAAGGCAACAGGAUGAAUACGAACGACUCCGUGCCAAUCCUCUACUAUACCUGAUCAGUCCGCAAGUCAAG